AUGACUCUCGCAGAACAAACUCCAACUUCUCUCGCUGCUGCUGAUAAGCAACGUCAUUCUCGUAUGAACCCAGGCGGUAGCUCUGGACCAAACAAAGAUGGUGCAAGUCGUCCUGAUGGAGCUUCGGCUUUAGGUAACGAAAUGGGAGGUGAAGCAGACGCAAGACGUGAACGUCAAACUGCUUUAAGCGAAGGUGAUCAAUUUCCCUCAACCACAAGACCACAAGAACCAGGUUAUGGUGCAACAGGCACUGGAAUUGGUCAAUUGAACGGUGCUGAAAAAGGUUACGGUCAAGGACCUUCAGAUGCAGAACGUCAAGAAAAUCAACAAGGCAAAAAUGAUGCUUGGCAAUCAGGUCAACGUGAUUUGGGCGCAAUCGCUCGUAAUUCUGCCGGAACUGCAAACCAUAACCCACAAGCAAAUCAAGAUUCAAUCACUUCAACAGGAAACCGUCGUCCUGAGGAAAUCCUUGAUACCGCAGCUCGCUCGAUGGGUACCGAAAGUGGAACAGGUGCUUAUGCUGGCGGUGUGGUAAACCAAGCUGGAACAGACAAUGUUCCAGACGCAUAA